AUGUUCAAUAAAGAUUAUUUGUCCAAAUUACUCUACUUUCAAAGUUUAAAAAAUAUCAUAUCUGAAAAAGAUUAUGAACCUAUCCUAGAAAGUUUUACAUAAUAGGCAAAACUUCAUUAUUUACCAAAAGAUAGAUUUGUAUUUAAAUACAAACUCAAAAUUGAUUACUUUCUUAUUCUUGUUAAAGGCCGAUGUCUUAAAUUAAUACCAAAAUCUCAUGAAUAACUUAUUUAAGAAAUCAAGGAUUUAGAAAUAAGAUAUCCAGGUAUUCAGAGAUUACCAUAAAAUUUCUAUUUAAAUUCAACAACCUAAACACUCUAUUUCAAUGGUAAAGAAAAUUAUCCAAAAGAAAAUCUAAUGAUCCUAUAAGAUUAGUUAAAUCAAUUAAAAAUUCCAUCAUUUUAGAUGCUAGGUUUAUUGGCACAUCUUAUUGAAGGACAUGUUGUUAGAUUUCAAAGUGCUCAUAUUAUAAAUGAAAAUGAUACUCUUAUUGAAUCUAUCACUAAAAAUGCAUAAUGUUCCAUCAUUACAUUAGAUAACUGUGAAUUUUUACAAUUAUAAGUCAAAUAAUAUUUGGAAAUCAUAGAAACCUCUAAAAGAAGAAAAAAUGAAUAAAUUUUAUACUUAAUGGGUCGAGCAUUUUAGGAUGGAAUCAAAUAUCCUGAUUUUAAAAGGGUUCUUCAAGAACUAAUUAAAUCUUCAGAAAGAGUUAAAAUAUGUAAUCAUCAAAUUUUAUAUUCCUUUGAAAUGCAAUCUCACUUUGUUUAUUUGAUUUUAAAAGGGGAAUUUUAUGUUUCCUAUAGCAAUCAUAACAACAAUUUUGAAGUCUAAAUUUGUGGUAGUGAAACAUAAUAUGAUAAAUUCAAGAAAACAUUAAGACAUGAUUAAAAGCAAAUAAAACAAUAGGUUCAAUAUCCAAUUUAAAUUAAUGAAAAUACUUUUGAACUUCUAAAACAGACAAAAAAAUUUUCAAAUAAAGAAUAUAUUUUAUUACAAUUGGGGCCUGGAUAAUUAUUAGGUGAAGAGGAUUUCAAUCACGAUUGUUUUAAUUAAGUUUAUCAUUCAUUUAAUUGUUAAUGUGUUAGUGCCAAGGGAAGUGUUCUUGCUAUCAAAAAGGUUGACAUCUAUCGUAUUUGCAUUGUUCAUGAUUGGUUUGCCAAGAUAUUUCAUAAGAGAUGUGAAAUGAAACGAAACUGGCUCUAAGAAAGAUUUGAAAGUCAUUUAAAUAAAGAUAUAUAGAAUUAAGUAAUGAAAAAGAUUAUUAAAACAGAAAAAACUUAAAGAGUAGAUGAUUCCCUAUUCUUAAAACUCAAAUGUAUAGAUGAAGAAGCCAGUAAACAUAAAAGUACAAAAAUCUAGAAAACUUAAAUAUCUCCAGAAAUAGAUCUUAAUAUUCGUUGCAAUCAUAGAAAAGUGGUACUUAAAAAACUAAUUGAUUAAAAUAGAAAAUCUAAUCCUAAUAAAAAUCCAAAUUGUAUAGGCAUGAUUUAAUAUCUAAUUAAAUUGGAUCGACAUAAAUAAAUGUUACUUCAACAUUCAAUACGAUUAGCAUUAGGAUCAUAAAUGAAUUUAUAAAGAAAAAUUUCCCAACAUACUUAAGGUAAUGAACAAUCAAUUAGCAAAUCUAAAAUAUCACCACUGCGUACAUAUUCAUUUCGAAUAGGAAGAAGUAAUUCAAUGAUUAAUAGUUUUAUUAAUUAUAAAAAAUGA